UCCACCUGAAAGUAACAAUGAAACUACAGUUGCAUAUCUUCUCUUGUGUGUUUUUGGGAUUCUGUGUGUUUAGGAAAAUCAGCUGUGGCAAUAUCUUAGUUUGGCACACAGAAGGAAGUCACUGGAUAAAUCUGAAACCAGUCUUGGACACGUUAGUAGACCGAGGCCACAGCGUCACGGUUUUGGCUCCAAAUAUGAGUUUUUUCAUGGACACCGACGAACCUUCCCGCUAUCACUAUGAGAUGUUCAACGUUUCGCUCUCACUGACUGAUAGAAACGAGUGGCUUGAAGACUAUUUCAAUUUUUCGUUCUACGAGAUGGAUCAGAUGAAUUUAUUACAAAUUUACAUUAAGUUUUACCAACUCUUGUCGAGAGAUAUGGUAUUUCGUCUCGCAUAUUGUGACGGAAUACUUCAAUCAGAACUAGUCAUGGAUAGACUGCUGAAGGGAAAGUACGAUAUGAUUUUCGCAGAUCCUAUUCAUCUGUGCAGCGACUUAGUUGCUGAGACCCUGGAUGUUCCCCUUGUGUAUACCCUCCGGUACUCUGCGGCCCACAUUUUAGAGGGACUUUGUGGGAAGGUGCCGGUUCCACCUUCUUACGUGCCUGGAGCUUUGAGUAAAUUUACAGACAAGAUGACCUUUUCAGAAAGAGUUCAGAAUUUUUUGUUCUACGCAGUCAUGGACGUUUCGACAGUGACUCUGUGGACAAAAUAUGAUAAAUAUUACAGUGAUUACUUAGGAAGGUCCACAACAUAUUGUGAGAUGAUGGGAAAAGCUGAUCUCUGGUUGAUCCGAACAUACUGGGACUUUGAGUAUCCCCGCCCACUCUUGCCUAACUUUAAAUAUGUUGGGGGUAUUCACUGUAGUCCUGCCAAACAAUUACCGAAGGAUCUGGAGGAUUUUGUUCAGAGCUCAGGCGAUGAUGGUGUUGUGGUGUUCACUCUGGGCUCCAUGGUUGACAAAAUCACCAAAGAGAAAAGCAAUAUCAUUGCUGCUGCUUUGGGACAGAUACCACAAAAGGUGCUGUGGAGAUACAGUGGUGAGAGACCAGACACUCUGGCUCCAAACACCAGACUGUGUGACUGGCUUCCCCAGAAUGACCUAUUGGGCCACGCAAAGACUAAAGCCUUCAUCACUCAUGGUGGGACCAAUGGAAUCUAUGAGGCGAUAUACCAUGGAGUUCCUAUGGUGGGAAUCCCCCUGUUUGGUGACCAGUCAGACAAUAUGGUUCAUAUGAAGGCUAAGGGAGCUGCCGUAAUAAUGGACUUUAACAGUAUGCAGACUGAAGACCUGGUAGAAGGACUCAAAGCAGUGAUCAAUGAUCCGUCGUAUAAAGAAAAUGCAAUGAGGUUGUCCAGAAUCUACCAUGACAGGCCUGUAAGCCCACGGGAUGAAGCAGUGUUCUGGAUAGAAUUUGUGAUGCGCCAUAAGGGAGCCAGACAUCUUAGGGCAGUGGCCUAUAACCUGACCUGGUACCAGUACCACAGCCUGGACGUGUUUGCUUUCCUGCUGGCCACUGGGGCACUAGCACUCUUCAUCGCUUAUAAGAUAGCCAAGUUCUGCAUCAUAAAAUGCUGUUUCAGAUCCCAUUAUAAGAGAAAAAAUGACUGAUCCACAAAAUGAAAUGCUUUCCCUUUCAUUGAUAUGGGAAGGCUAAAUCCCUUCCUGAACUUUUAUUAUAGACCUGUUCGCCUCUCAAGUUUCAGGAGCACUCUUGGACUUAAUUGAAAUGUAGCAGCCAAUAAUGUAAUAACUGCCGUUAAUGUAAUAACUGCCAAUAGCAUAAUAGUUUUUCUGUUCUUAAUGUAAUAAAAGUCAAUAAUGUUAUAACUUACCAGUUAUGUAAUGAAAUUUCAGAACCAAUACCAUUGUAACUUUUUUUUUUGCAGAAUGUUAUUACAUUAUUAGCUGGGUUAAAAAAAUCAUUGGCUGUAAAGUGUCACACUUCCAUGACACUUACCCUUGACAUGACACUUACUGUUCCCUCUUUCAAAUAGCUGCUCAAAAACCUGACCACAAAGCCACACACAAACACACACACACACACACACACACACACACACCCCUACUCUCUCUCUAAGAAUUAUGAUCAUUUAUUUGCUUGUGGUGCUUGAUAGUCAGACUUAUCUCCACCCCUGCCUUCUACUCCUUAACUAUUUGAAUACCAAAUGAAGUGCGAGCAGACAUGUUUGCAAACAGGGACAGUCACUCUUAUGUCAUAUAACAUGAAAUCUGUACCUCUUUGAAGAUGCUUUGUCCUCGAAUACAAAGACCACCAUUUCUUUUCAUGAAAAAUGUCAUCUUUAAUUAAAUGUAUUUAAAUAAUUUUUCCAAGCAAACUGUCUCAACCACACU